UUGGGAUGGAACCCGCCAUGCAUUGUCAGGAGCUGUCAUGAGGCAUGUAUCUCUGCUCCUGUUCUGCCGCCCUGUGUGCUCUCCCCCCUCCCUCACCUGCCUGAACCUGGAGCUGGGCAGAACUCUCGGCUCCUCCCGCACGCACCUGUGUCCCAUCAAGAUUCCUGCUCUCGCUCGUUCCUGCUCCUGCCUCUGCGCUCCAGCUCCGGUACAGUCCACCCCUCUGCCUUGCCUCCUGUCCCGUCUUGGUCUCUGGCUUGCUUCCCGUCUCCUGCCCUGUCUCCCGCUCUCUGGAUUACUCCUGUUGGGUCUUCCCUGGCCCUGGCCCUGGUCCCGUCGUGCUCCAGCCCUGGCUGUCUCCGUGCCCGCUCUGGACAUCCCUGCUUGGCUUGCCCUGGUCUCCUCCAGAUCCUGUCCUCGUUCUGGUCCUGGUUUCCCGUCCCUGCUCUGCACUACUCCUGCCUGGUCUGCCCCUCGCUCCCUGCUCCCGUGUGUGUUAAAUGAACUAUUAAAGACUGAAUUUCACCAUUUUGUAAAUAAACACUGUAAAUCUGCCCCGAGUCUGCACGUCUUUGAUCCUCCCAACCCCACCCGUUACGACAAAACGAUCUGGCCAAAAAAUGGACCAAGCGGACUCGGGACCAGAUCAGACGCUGCGCCAAGCUUUUUCUCACCAUGGAGUGAUUAUUGAGCAGCACGACCAGUCCAUCCGGACCCUUUUGGAUUAUAAGCAGAGUCUUACCCAACAAGUGUCCCAGCUUG